GGGACAUUUCCGGAUCGGCUUUUAGUUAACACAAGGUCGCUCUCAAGCAGAGAGACAGGAGAGGAUCGGCUUGUUUCUGACAUAGAGAUCUGUUUUAUCUUUUAGAACAAAAUGCCAAGCAGAGGCAGUAGAAGCAGGAUGUCUAGAGUACCACCUCCGGCCAGCCGGGCUCCACCAAGACCGAUGGCCAGGGCUGCCCCCCCUGCCCCACCCCCCUCCUCCCUGCCUGCCCACCCGCCUCCCUCUGCCAUGGCCGCCCCCUCCGCAGCCCCCCGACAGCCCGGGAUGUUUGCCCAGAUGGCGACCACAGCAGCCGGCGUGGCAGUGGGCUCUGCUGUCGGGCACACACUUGGCCAUGCCAUGACAGGGGGCUUCGGUGGAGGGGCAGCUGCAGAACCAGGCCGGGCCGAUAUCACCUAUCAGGAGCCUGCUCCCCCAGCUCAGCCCAUGUACCAGCAGCAGGCUCAGCAGAACCCCUGCACGUAUGAGCUGAGGCAGUUUAUCGAGUGCGCGCAGACCCAGAGCGACCUCAAGCUCUGUGAGGGCUUCAGUGAGGUGCUGAAGCAAUGCAAGUUCUCCAAUGGGUUGGCAUGAAAAUCCAGAGCAGUGAAAUUAGUUCAAUAAUAAAAGGAAUCCAGUGCACAGUAAAUAUUUAAUAACGCUCAGUGUUGAGUUUUCUCUUGUAGACUGCCUUUAUUUGAUAUGCAACAAAUUCUGCUUAUUUCAGGUUCUGGGAUAAUUGUCUUAUAAAAAUUGUAUGCGUUUCAAUUCCUUUGCAAAUAAAACAAGAAACCUGUUUUUUUUUUCUGUGUCAAUUUGUCUUUAAAUACCAUGUUGUCUUUGAAAAUUGUGUACUUUUUGUCGUAGGGGAAACUUUAUUUUUGAUUCUGAAUAAAUGUUCCCAGUUA